AUGGAUCGUCGUCCUCAUACGCAAACCGCAGAAACAAGCACAACGCAAAUAGUCCGAGAGGCUACGAGCUCCAGUACGAGGCCCCCGGCCCAGGUUACAAUAUACGCGCCGCCGCAGAUUGUCAGAAGCACCUCGGGGAGGGCCAUCAAGGUCAAUGUCGUGUACAUCUCAUGUUACGAUAACGUAGCGGUCAGAACAUUAUCAGAACAUGGCAACGGAUCAGGCAGCUUCCAGAAGAAAGUUGGAGGCGUGGAGAGAAUUGAGAGUGGUUGGGGAAAGAGUACAUACAAAGUACAAGUGAGGAUAUUCCUCAGAGAAGGAGGGCAACAAUUACUGCAGGUAGACGGCAAAGCGCUCAACGAGGAGUUGUCGUCCGCUACAUGCAAUGUAACCCUUGAUUGGUGCUCGAUUCCUCCCCUUUUGAUGCUCAAUGACAACAAAAACUGGAGGACCGUUUACACCGAUAUGCCGCCUGUGCCUGUCCAGAGACAGCUGCAUUGCCAGCGUUCGCCCAAGCCUGUACGAAGUAAUAUGCCGGAAGGAAGGGAGGGGGGGUUACGGAGACACCUGCAAGGGAACAAGAGGCUAGGAGAGGUGAAGAAGGACGGCGAAACCAAAUGGCGCGGGUUUCCAAAAGCCAAAGAACCAGAGAAGAAAUAG